AUGGCAAGUAGGAAGAUGAUUGUGUUUCCAAGCAAGAACGAAUUGUCGGAAGCAAUUGCUGAGUACACUGCUAAUCUCUCUGCCAAGUUCUGUAAGGAGAAAGGCCUUUUCACCGUUGUUCUCUCCGGCGGUGACCUCAUCGAUUGGCUCUGCAAGUUGUUGCAACCUCCUUACCUUAACUCAAUCGAAUGGUCCAAGUGGCAUGUCUUUUGGGUCGACGAGAGGGUUUGUUCAUGCGAUGAUCCAAACAGUAACUACAAACUCGCCAUGGAUGGUUUUCUCUCCAAGGUACCGAUUCCGAACAAGAACAUCUACGCAAUCGACAAACAUUAUGCGGCAGAUGGUAACGCCGAGCACUGCGCGGUGCUCUACCAGGAGUGCCUGGAGAAUCUUGUGAAGGAAAGCAUAAUCCCAAUAUCUCCAAAGACCCAUUACCCUCAGUUCGAUCUCCAACUUCUAGGGAUGGGUCCUGAUGGACACAUGGCUUCUCUCUUCCCGGGACAUCCUCAGAUCAAUGUGACGGACAAAUGGGUCACUCACAUUACCGACUCUCCAAAACCACCACCAAAGAGAAUCACAAUGACUUUACCCGUUAUUAACUCGUCUUCGUACAACCUUAUGGCCGUUUGCGACAAGGAACAGGCACAUGCCGUAGCUGAGAUCAUGAAGCACAACAAGCCCUUACCUUCUGCUCAUCUAAGUGCCCAAGUUGAAAAUGUUUGGUACCUUGACCAAGCAGCUGCCUCCAUGCUCUAG